UUUACCCGGCGAUAGACGGACGAUACUAAAGUAAUGCAUUUUUGUUGAAUGGAUCUCUCUCUCUAACAAAAAUAGUUGUGAAUUUGGAGUUUUGGACUUCCCAUUUCUGCGGUGAGGGUUUUGCAAUUUCUUCAAGGCCUUGGUUUCUUUGUGGUGGGGUUUUCCCCUGGAACCUGCCUAUAAUGGUUUAACAGCGAAUACCUUCUCUGUGUCUCUAUCUUUCUCUGGCACAAGACCUAGGUUUUGUUCACCAGUUUUCUGGCCCUCAGAACACAACCCAAUGUUGGCAAAGGGAAGAAAACUUGGGGGUCGGAGAGAAGAGAUUGGCGCUCACUAUGCGAUUGGCCCCCUGGAAGAUGACAUUGUGAUAAAACACAGGCUGCUCACACGCAUCACCACCACAAGAGGUGAACCCCCACUGAAAAAACUUCACAAAAAAUUCGUCGCUUUUGCGCAAGAAAUCGAUAAGGAUGCUGAUAACUAUGGGGAUUGUGAGAGACUAUACAAAACAUUUUUGCAAGAGGUCACUAGCUUCGAGCUGCCCCUUCUCAAAAGCAAAGCUGUUAUUGAUGCUAAUCGUAGAGAGAAGGAGUACUUCAAUGAGCUUCAAGGAGAGCUACAUAGAGAUAUAUCUCAGGGUCGAGCUGAGAUCGAGGAGCUUAAGAAACAAUUGGAGGAGAGUAAGGUAGAGAGGCAACACAAGGAGGAGUGUGAAACAAUUAGGAAGCUUGUUGCUAUGCAGCCACCAAGGGUGGAGACUCAAAAAGCUAUAUCGGACCUAGAAAGAGAAAUCAUGGUUUUGGAGGCUGAGAAUGCUGCUGGUUCGAGGACAUUGGAGCUUCGAAAGAAGCAAUUUUCUCUGCUCUUGCAUGUGGUUGAUGAGUUGCAGAAUACGAUUGAUGAAGAGCAAAGGAAUUUGGCCGAAGAGCUGAGAAAUGCCAUGGAAGAAGAGCACAAGAGUAGUGUGGAGGAUGCUAGUGGAAGUUCAGAGCCCAUGCUUCUUGAUUAAUCUCUCUCUGAGCCCAUGCUUUUGGGUUAAUCACUUUAUUCUCUCUCUGGAUGAAGGGCUCGAGAGCUUUUGGGUUAAUCACUUUAUACUUUUGUGAAGAGCUUCUAUUGUUUUUGUGGCCAAAUAAGCAGUUUUAUAGAAUUAUUCACGUUUGGUUUACGUGAAAAUGUUUUCUAAAAAAAUAUUUUCACAUGAAAAAAUUCUCUUAUGUGGUUAGGAAUAUUUUUGCAUUAGUUAGUUGUCAAUGGUUGUGAAAAGAUCUACAAUGACCAAUUGGUAUGAAAAUAUUCCCACGUAAUAUUUAAUGUGAAAAUGUUUUUUAGAAAAUAUUUUUAUGUGGACCAAAUGUUUAUUUUUUUUGGGUAAGUGGUUUCAUCUGACUUCAUCGAAGGAGCCUAGUAAACCCUUUGGUUCCUUUAUAUAAUGUGAUAGCGUUUUAAAAUUCGCCUGGUUGAAGGGAAGGGGUUCGACUUCUUCGACCUGAAUCAUUGGGGGCACCAGGCGGAUUCCUCUAUGGGAAUCGUCAAAUGAGAAUCGCCUGGUUAACUGAUGAGAUCCGGGAGAUGCCUGCAUAAUAUAGAGACCUAUUUCUCUUGAA